AUGUCUUCUGAUUUUUCUUUAACAAAAUCUCCAAAUCUGGAAUUCGAUGAAGCUUCACAAAAAGAACUCGCAAAAUUUUUAGAAGGUGAAAAUGCAAAAAUGCGUCUUCAACAAUCUGUUCACACCUUUACUGAUCUAUGUUGGGACAAAUGUAUUACCAAGGUUGGUAAUAAGAUUGAACGCGGUGAAGAAACUUGCUUAACAAAUUGUGUUGAAAGAUUUUUGGAUACAAAAUUGUUAAAUGCAAUAUAUUAA